GCAGCCAUGCGGCCGGGCGCGCAGGGGCGCGGAGCGGGGCGCGCAGCUGGGCGCGCUCGCCCGGGGCGCCGCGGCUUGGCGGGGCCGUCACGUGUGAUCGCGGGGCGGGCGCUUGGCACGGGGCGCUUUUACGAGUAUUUACUACGAGGUCCGCUGCGGGCGCCCAGCCCUGCCCGGGCUGCUGCGGGGCGCCCAUGCCCUGCCCGGCCGGGACGGGUCCCGAGGCAUGGCCGAGCCCGGCGGCGACGAGCUGGCGUCCGCGGCUGCCCGCGGGGACCUGGCGCAACUCGCCCGCUGCUUGCAGGAGCGCGAUGGAAACGUGGAUGCGCGCAACCGGUUCGGGAGGACGGCGCUGCAGGUAAUGAAACUUGGGAACCCAGAAAUUGCCCGGAGGCUGCUGCUGAAAGGCGCUGACCCGAAUUUGAGAGACAGUACCGGAUUCGCGGUCAUCCACGAUGCAGCCCGCGCCGGCUUCCUGGACACUCUCCAGACUUUGCUGGAGUUCAAAGCCGACGUGAACAUCGAGGACAACGAGGGGAACCUGCCCCUGCACCUGGCGGCGCAGGAGGGCCACGCGCGCGUGGUGGAGUUCCUGGUGCGGAGCACCGCCACCCGCGUGCAGCACCGCAACAGGCGCGGCCACACGGCCUGCGACCUGGCCCGCCUCUACAAGCGGGCCGCCGUGGUGCAGCUGCUGGAGCCCGGCGCCUCGGGUGCAGAAGCCGCCGGCGUGAAUUAAAGGGACGCGGGGAUCCUGCUCGGGCUCGGGCGGCCCCUCGGCUUAGACUCGCAUUUCUUACAACAAGAUUUCUCUCUCCCUUUUGCAAACCCGCCGGGGUCAAUCUCCUGGCCCGCCGGGGUGGAUUUUUGUAGCCCAGGAUUUUCUUUUCAAAUCACACCUGCCCCGGGCACCCCCACGGCGGGGCACUCCCCGCGUGUACGCGCUCGCCCCUCUCGGUAUCGUUUCAUACCGUCUGCACGUGUGUUAGGUCAUCCCUAAGGGACCGAUAAGCUAGGAUGCUGCGUGUUGUUGGAUUUGUCGUUUGUCAGAUGGACCUUGCUUAGUGGGAGACUCGUCCCCGAGGUCUGAAGUCUGGUUUCAGAUGAAACUGGGCGCUCGGGACCCGGCCUGCCGGCCUGCGGCGACCAUGCGGCCCUGCAAGUGUUGGGAAAUAGCUGCCUUUUGACACUAACACGAGCUCUGCUGAGGUCAUUUGCUCUCUAAAUUUAGAUACUUACUUUCCCUCUUCUCCCCGGCGGAUUUCAGCUUUCUCCAGCCUGCUUCGGAGAUGAACACAAACAGCAUCGUGGACUUUUGGGUUGCCAGAGACUCGCUGUGCCCAUUUCCCAGGUUCAAACCCAGAGCCAGAGGAAGCCCUCCCCAGGGCUGGAGCACAGUCUGGAACAUGCCCAGUCCACAGACUCAACGAAGUGUAGCCACUAUUUAAGAGAUACUUGCUUUUCACCAGCUUUUUAUUUUCUUUUUAAUAAACCAUUUUAUUGUAGCGGACUCUCACAAAACAUGAAUAUUGGAAUACGACAGAAUUUAGAAGGUAUCACUUUUUUUUUUCUUUUAAUAAAAUUCUGAUAUUAUCGCUUGCACCUAAAACGCAAUGUAUAUUCUGUGACAACAGCGUGGGUAGUAUGUAUAAGACCAAAAUGUACUUAUUUCUAUAGAUGCAAGUGGGGGCCUCGGGCCUCGGAGGGACUUGAGUCUAUCGAGCCUUGUCCAGCAUUAGAGACGCUGUUUGUGUCGGACCCGCAGUGGGAAGUGUUUUAUUUGUAGUUUUCGAAACAUUUUAACUGCAUUCAGAUGCAAUCAACUCCAAGUGUGAUUGCUAGAUAACCUUCCACUACAAUUUGAGCGGGGAUUCUAGGGGGCUGAAAUUGUUUUUAACUCUCCCCAAAAGGUCUUGGCCUCCCCCAAAUCAAUAACCAUUGUUUUAAAAUGAAAAGAAGUUUGGUGAAACUGUUGAUCGCAUGUCUACUAUACACCGGCGGCCACGCUGUUGCUCUGCUAAUAAAACAUCUCUGUGUAAUGCAAA